GCCGGCGGGGGCGCCGUUGGACGCGGGAGGAGGGGCGGGGCCGGGUCCACGCAAAGGCGGGACGGGAGCGGCUGAGGUGGCGGCUUCUCCUCUCCAGCCAUGGCUAUAAAGGAUCCUACGGCUGUAGAAAGAGCAAAUUUAUUGAACAUGGCUAAAUUGAGUAUCAAAGGACUCAUUGAAUCAGCUUUGAGCUUUGGCCGAACUCUGGAUUCUGACUACCCACCUUUGCAGCAGUUCUUUGUUGUCAUGGAGCACUGCCUGAAGCAUGGUCUUAAAGUAAGAAAAUCCUUUCUAAGUUACAAUAAAACCAUCUGGGGUCCUCUGGAACUUGUGGAGAAAUUAUAUCCAGAAGCUGAGGAAAUAGCAGCAAGCGUCAGAGAUUUGCCUGGCCUUAAAACACCACUGGGCCGUGCCCGGGCCUGGUUACGGUUAGCACUAAUGCAGAAGAAAAUGGCUGACUAUCUUCGCUGUUUGAUCAUUCAGAGAGAUCUUCUCAGUGAAUUUUAUGAGUAUCAUGCACUAAUGAUGGAGGAAGAAGGAGCAGUUAUUGUUGGGCUGUUAGUUGGGUUGAAUGUAAUAGAUGCUAACCUGUGUGUGAAGGGAGAAGACCUAGAUUCACAAGUUGGGGUGAUUGAUUUCUCUGUGUAUUUAAAGAGUGAUGAUGACAUUGGAGGUAAGGAAAGGAAUGUACAGAUUGCUGCAAUUUUGGACCAAAAGAAUUAUGUUGAAGAACUAAACAGACAACUGAAUAGCACAGUUAGCAGUCUACAUGCGAGAGUUGAUUCACUAGAGAAAUCAAACACUAAACUGAUUGAAGAGUUAGCAAUAGCCAAAAACAAUAUAAUUAAACUCCAGGAAGAAAACCAUCAAUUAAGGAGUGAAAAUACUCUUAUUUUAAUGAAAACACAGCAUCAUCUAGAGGCAACUAAAGUGGAUGUUGAAGCAGAACUUCAGACGUACAAACACUCCAGGCAGGGUUUAGAUGAAAUGUACAAUGAAGCACGUAGACAGCUUCGAGAAGAAUCACAACUUCGACAAGAUAUGGAGAAUGAGCUAGUGGUUCAAGUUAGUAUGAAGCAUGAGAUAGAACUUGCCAUGAAGUUGCUGGAGAAGGACAUCCAUGAGAAGCAGGAUACCCUCAUAGGCCUUCGACAGCAGCUUGAUGAAGUCAAAGCAAUUAACAUGGAAAUGUAUCAAAAGCUGCAGGUAUCUGAAGAUGCUAUGAAGGGAAAGAAUGAAAUAAUUGGUCGAUUAGAGGAUAAGACUAAUCAGAUUAAUGCAACUAUGAAACAACUAGAACAAAGUGACAAAGAUCUGUUAACUCAAACUAGGACUAUUGCAAUGUCAUUCGUCAAAUGUGCCAGCAAUGAAGCUCAGCACCAGUAUAAACUUGUCAAAGACAUAUCAUUCUGAAAGCUCCUCCAGAUCUGUUGCGUUUAAAUAAUCACUGAUAUAAUAUAACUUAAGAAUUUUAAAAUUACAACUUUAAAUAUCAAGUGCUAUUAGAAAUCUUGCACUGUAGCUGACCGUACCUGGGUUCUAUUUUGUUUUCUGAAAGCACAUCAUCUCCGAUCUCACUUUACCCCUCUUAACAAAAAAAAAAAAAAAGUACCCUACUGCACUGUUAUUGAGCAAAUGUAAGCUAGUUUUCUAAUGCUAUUUAAUCACUUCUUAAUUGUCAAACAAAGUAUAUUUUAAAAGGUUAGCUAUCUUUAUAUGCUUUUAUGACAUUUUUUUUCCGAUUAGUGGGUUUUCCUAUUCUUUAUGGUACUAACAGAUUUUAAAAUUAGCCAUUCUGAGUAAUAUAUCCCUUCCCCCCCUGCUUAUUUCUUUCACUGUAAGGCUUUCACAAAAGCAUGCUCCUUGUUGUGUUUUUUUUUUUUUCCUUUGCUUGUACCUAGCACUGUUUUCUUAAAGAAUGACAGGAGUUUGGGGGAAGGGGUUUGAGCGCUACAUCAGAACAAUAUAUUUAGAAAAAGAACGGUGGUGUCAACAUACAUAUUCAUUAUAUACAGUGGAGGAAUUAUAGGAUUUGGGGAUAAAACAGCCAAAGAUGUGAGGUAAAAUAUUUUCAUGGAGUUAAAAUGUGUUUGGAGCCUUGACUUGGCUCCAGGCAGGAAGGGGAGCAUGAUCUAGUCAAUUCUGUAGUUCUGAUUCCUGCCUAGAACAGCUGGAGCAUGAUAGCUACAGUAGAAAUUGUAGUAAUGAAUAGGAUUUACAUUUAGGGCCCAGAUCCUCAACUUGACUAACUUGCUUGUCAGCUAAAGAUCUUGCCCAUCUGUGACUAUAUUUACACUGUAAUCAUAACCUGUGGUUUUGCCCAACCCCUUCCCUCCACCCAUCACUAGGCAGUCUUCACAGCUCAUUUCUGCUUUGAGAUGCUACCUGCCUGCACUGCAGAAACACAGUUAUAGCUGCUGACUGCCUUUGAUGCACUUCCCAGUGUUUGCUCUGAAGUGUGGAAGGGAAGUUGACUGGGAAAAGAGUCUUAGGGUCUUUCAGAAAGAAAGGGAUGUGUUUGCAAAAGCUGGGGCAGGGCACAGUAGUUCAGAAAGGGUUUCUACUCCAUGGUUAUAUACUGCCUCAUUCCUUGGUUUGGUAGCAGAAGGAGCUUUUAACGUGGGCUGGCUACUAAAACAUAAGUAUCUCCCAUCUUCAAGAAAACCCAAACCAGAAACACUGAAUAGAACGACAGGUAGACCACAGCAGAACUGGGAGUGUUAACCAUCUCACGAUCAUCUAUGCAAACAAUUAUCUGCCUCAGUAUCAUCGGAUUCUCAAAUCCUGCUGCAAACUAGGUCCAGCUCAGCAUUUGUCUGGAGUACAGUGUUGCAGUUAGCUUGGUGCUAAGUCUAGAGGUUGGUGCUGUAGUUUGGUUUGGCUGGCGUGUUUCUUGUGUAGCAAGCUCCCUUUCUACCUUUGUCAUGGAAACGACACUGCAGUUUGAUUUGUGAUUAAGGAACAAUUUUAAGUUACUUUUGCUUUUACAGUCUUGUAUAGCUUAAUUCAGCUGCUUUUGCCCAGUGAAUUGGCUCUGCGUUUACCCAGUAGUUUCCUUUCCAUACAUUUUUUGGCCCUCUGUGCACUACCAUUGCAAAUGUGACUGGGAACAUUCCUAAAACAACUGGUAUAGUUGAAUGAGAUAGUACACACUUUAUAUGAUAGUUUAAUUCCAGCCUUUUUACAUUUGUGUACUGGCAUCUUUAUAAAACUCCUGCUGGUGCAGCUUCAUCAGUAGAAGCACAAAUGUAGACAUACCGCUGACUUAAUUUCUUUUUAGCUGACAGUGGGAGUUGUGAGUUACUCUGCAUUCAGACAGCUGCCAGGAAGUAAGAAAUCAAGCACACAGAGAGAGUAUCACAGAUUUCUCCCGCUGCUUACCCCGAGAGGCCCUCAAAACAGUUUUGUUAAACACAGUGCAGUAGGUGGGGACAUUAAGUGGUAUUUUAUGCGUUCUUUCACUCCUGCCUUUUCAUCAAGACAAGUGUAGUCAUGAUACAGCACAAGUUCCAUUUUAGUGCUUUUACUUUGUUACAUUACAUCCAUCCUUUUUUGGACUGAAGAGUUGACCAAGCAGAGAGGAACCACGUUGAACUAAUGGAUUCCAAGGGAGUGCUAGCUGAAGUAGAAGCAAAACCCUGGAAUUCAGAAGGGAAAGAUUAAAUAAUAAAACCCCCAAACAUUCCCCAAUUUCUUAAUCAGGUUUAUUUAUUUUGUAUAUAAUAUGGAGCUAUUUUAACCAGUGUAAGAACAUGUUAUUUUUAAUACAAAUUAUUUAAAUUAAUUGAAUAGUAUGAUGUAGUAGAGGUAGUUCUGUUAAUGUAGUGGGACCUGUCAUGGUGUGUCUUGUUGUAUUAGGCUGGUUAAGUUUUUUUGCUGUCUGAGUGCAGUGCUCUGUAUUCAGUCUUACGCCUGAAUUGUUUUGAGCUGCUUUUGCACAACACAUGCUCUGCCCUAUCUUAGUGGGCGAUUAGUACAAACCAAGCGCUUUUACAGGAUCUAUUUGGAGGGAAGAAAAAAAGCUUCCAAAAAAAAAAAAAGCAUCAAAGAAGAUGUAUGUGUCAGUUUGAAAAUAUGUAUCAUCAUGUUUUGGCAUCUGUUAUUCAUGAGCAUAAAAUAAAACAGUGAUUACUUACA